UUUGCAAGUUUUAUUAAUAAUACCAUUAAUAUUAUGUUAUGGUUGUAUUCACACAGGUUUUGUGAUUAGUGUGGCUUUUUACACUGUGUGUAGCUGGAUUUCCAUGUUUGUGUUUCUGUGUCAUUUUAGACAAACAUCCAAAUGAGAGAAACAAAACAUCAAAUCAUCACCAAAAACACCAUUAAUUCAUUUAUACGUUUUAAAAAAUAUUUUUUACAAAUACUUUAUAGCUGCUCAUAUCGUCUUUGUGUUUGUGUGGGAGUGUAAGACGGUUAAAAUAUACUCUGAUAUAAGAACAUAAGAACUAUACAAACGAGAGGAGGCCAUUCGGCCCAUCAAGCUCGCUUGGGGAGAACUUAACUAAUAGCUCAGAGUUGUUAAAAUCUUAUCUAGCUCUGAUUUAAAGGAACCCAAGGAUUCAGCUUGCACUACAUUAUCAGGAAGACUAUUCCAUACUCUGACUACGCGCUGUGUAAAGAAGUGCUUCCUUAAAUCCAGCUUGAAAUGUUCUCCCGCUAAUUUCCACCUAUGGCCACGAGUUCGUGUAUUUGAACUAAUGCUGAAGUAACUAUUUGGCUGAACAGCAUCCAAACCUGUUAGAAUCUUAUAUACCUGGAUCAUGUCCCCCCUCAGUCUCCUUUGCUUGAGACUGAACAGAUUUAGCUCAAGUAACCUUUCCUCGUAUGACAUUCCUCUAAGACCAGGAAUCAUUUUUGUGGCCCUACGCUGCACCUUUUCUAAGUCCACAAUGUCCUUUUUAAGAUAUGGUGACCAAACCUGCACACAAUAUUCUAGGUGAGGUCUCACCAAGGAAUUGUAUAAUCUUAGCAUUACCUCCCUUGACUUAAACUCCACACGCCUAGAGAUAUACCCCAACAUCCUAUUGGCCUUUUAUAUUGCUUCCCCACACUGGCGAGAAUGGGACAUGGAAGCAUCAACAUACACACCAAGGUCUUUCUUAUGAUCAGCUACCUUUAUUUCAGUGACACCCAUGAAAUACCUGUACUUUAUAUUUCUGCUCCCUAGAUGGAGUACCUUACAUUUGUCUACGUUAAAUUUCAUCUGCCAGGUAUUGGCCCAGUCUCUAAUUAAAUCAAGAUCCCGCUGUAGCUGCUGAGCCGCUAAUUCAGUAUCUGCUAUACCACCCACCUUGGUGUCAUCUGCAAAUUUCACCAGUUUACUGUAUAUAUUGGUAUCUAUAUCAUUUAUUUAAAUUAGAAACAAUAGUAGUCCUAAAAUCGAACCCUGCGGUACCCCACUAUGAACGCAAGCCCACUGUGACAUUGUGCCUCUUAUAACUACUCGCUGUUUCCUAUCUGUUAACCAGUUAUCAAUCCAGGUCGCUACGGUACCUAAAAUACCUGUCGCUUUGACUUUAAGUAGGAGACUAUUGUGCGGGACAACAUCAAAAGCCUUUUGGAAUUCUAAGUAGAUGACAUCAUAGGCCUUCUUAUCAUCAACUUCCUGAGUAGCUUCCUCAAAAAACUCCAACAGAUUCGUUAAACAGGAUCUACCUCUCCUAAAUCCAUGCUGGCUAUCCCGCAAAAUGUUAUUGGAGUCCAGGUAAUCUACCAUUUUCUCUUUGAUUAUAGCCUCCAUAACUUUACCAGUUAUACAAGUUAGUUGUACAUACAUAUAGUUGUACAUCUUUAAUUUCACAGAAACGGAAUCAUUUGCAUUUGUUCUUUUUGCACAUGCCGUGAGUGUACAGUAUGUGUUUUCUGUGUGUGAUUAGUUAGUAUUGUCCUGAGACGGCACCCAUAGGCAGUGAUACCGGACUCUCUCCUCCAGUGCAAAAUGCUAAUUUGUAUUUUUUUCUCCAUGACAAAUACAGUCCUGCACAUUUUUGUGUUUCCCCUCAUUCAUCACCUGAUUCAACUCCUUGUGCUAAUUACCACACAGCUCUUGAGCUGAAUCAUUUAUGAUGGAACGGGGAAAGAACUAAGUUACGCUGGGAUUUGGGCACCAGUGCCUUAGACAGAACAAACAGGGAGCAUAUGUCGAUGUUCACUGGUCAAUCAGGUAGCGCUCCUCUCAUAAAUAUUAAUGAGCCAGCCAAUCAUGCAGGGCUUCGCUCAUGAAUAUUAAUAAGAUUUCCGGACCCACCCUGCUAAAAAAAAUUUACGCCUGCGCGAGGUGCGGGGUUCACUCCUCGCGGCAGCGGCGCCAUAUGUGAGAGUCACGUGCGUGGUAGACACGCUUCACGGAAAUAAGCCGAUGCGUGUGAAAUACAUUCAGAGCGGCUUUGCUGGGACUAAAGACCGUGUCAGACAAUCGCUGCAAAUACUGGAUCCUCAUGGAGCGCAACUCAGGCACCGGAAUCGUCUUCGGAGGCGUUUGUAUCAGAAUUCAGACUCCUGCCAGCUGACGCUGGACCCCAACACAGCAAACAGAGACCUGUCUCUGUCAGAGGGGAACAGGAAGGUGACACGGGGGGGAGAGGAGCAGCCAUAUCCUGAUCAUCCAGAGAGAUUUGAUCACUGGCCCCAAGUUCUGUGCAGAGAGAGUCUGACUGGCCGCUGUUACUGGGAGGCUGAGUGGGAUGGAGAUGGAGCUGAUAUAGGAGUCACUUAUAAAGGGAUCAGGAGGAAAGGAUGGAGUGAGUGUCUGCUUGGAAACAAUGAGAAGUCAUGGAGUCUGCGCUGUAAACCUGACAGUUACUCUGUCUGUCACAAUAAGAAACAGACUCUCUUACCUAUACGGCCCUCAGGCUCCCACAGAGUAGGAGUGUAUCUGGACUGGGGGGCUGGUGCUCUGUCCUUCUACAGAGUCUCCUCUGAUGGACUGACCCCCCUGUACAGAUUCACCUCCUCAUUCACUGAGUCCCUCUAUCCAGGGUUUCAUGUUUAUAACUCCUCAGUGUUACUGUGACGUGUUGCUGGUUCUCCUGGCAAAAAGGUCAAAUCUCUGCUUUUUAACCUUUAUAAUCCUUUUUACUCUCAAAUGUAUGUUUGACAAAAAUAAGUUUUUCUCUCUGACUAAAAUGUAACUAAAUGUAAUCCUGAUUGGGGGGGGGGGCUUUCCCCCUCCCCUGUAUAUGUACAUUUUAUAUAUUUAUGCCUAUUUACUAUAUUACUGUACAAUGACAAUAAAGGUUUUCUGUUCUGUCCUAUUAA